AUGGCCAGUGGUCUCAAGGCCGCCGCCCGUGCGGGCGCUCAAAGUGUAACUCAAUUGGCCGGCUCCACCUCUUCUCUGCGAACAACUCAGGCUAAUGGUCUCCGCCGAUUUGCCCACCAGACACAGACCACACCACCCACCUCGCCCUUCGCGCCCCGGCACUUACUCUCAAUCGCGGACCUGACGCCCGCCGAAUUCGCCACCUUGGUCCGCAAUGCCGCGUCGCACAAGCGCGCCAUCAAGUCCGGCGCCAUCCCGCAAAGCCUGCUGGGUUCGCUCUCCGGCAAGACCGUGGCCAUGAUGUUCAACAAACGGAGUACCCGCACGCGCGUGUCCACCGAGGCCGCUACCGUGCAGAUGGGCGGCCACCCCAUGUUCCUGGGCAAGGAGGACAUCCAGCUCGGCGUCAAUGAGUCCCUAUACGAUACCUCCGUGGUGAUCUCAUCAAUGGUCUCGUGCAUCGUUGCACGGGUCUCGCAGCACUCGGAUGUGGCGGAUUUGGCGAAGCACUCAUCGGUACCUGUCAUCAAUGCGCUUUGCGACUCCUUUCACCCGCUGCAGAUCAUUGCCGACUUUUUGACUAUCUAUGAGGCCUUCCCGCCCAAAUCGCAUCACCUGUCGAGCCUGGGCCUCGAGGGUCUGAAGAUUGCGUGGGUCGGAGACGCAAAUAACGUUCUCUUCGACCUGGCCAUUGGCGCUACAAAGAUGGGCGUGGAUAUGACAGUGGCUACGCCCGCCGGAUAUGAGAUUCCGGCUCAUAUGCUGGAGAUUAUCCAGAAUUCCGGCGUGGGCGUGGCCAAGCCCGGCAAACUCACGCAGACCAAUGUCCCCGAGGAGGCAGUCAAGGACGCUGACAUCCUCGUGACGGAUACCUGGGUUUCAAUGGGCCAGGAGGCGGAGAAGAUCAAGCGUAUGCAGGCCUUUGAGGGCUUCCAGAUCACGCCGGAGCUGGCCAAACGCGGCGGUGCCAAGGAAGGCUGGAAGUUUAUGCAUUGCCUCCCCCGACAUCCGGAGGAAGUCAGUGACGAGGUUUUCUACAGCCCGCGCUCGCUGGUCUUCCCCGAGGCGGAAAACCGGUUGUGGGCGGCCAUCUCGGCGUUGGAGGGAUUUGUUGUGAAUAAGGGCAAAAUUGUCGAGUAG